CUCGCAGGUGCUUGAGCAGCUGGCUGCACGCCGUGACACGAGGAACAACCAUCUCCACUGUCCUAUUACACGCCCACUCCAGACACCCCCUAUCGCUGCGCCCCGGCCCUGCACCGCUCCCGCGCACCGCCCGCCCGCCUCGCAAACGCCGCAGGUCGCUGGACCGCAAUCUUGAAAGUGACGCGCAUGCGCCCGAGCGUCGCCAGCUGAGCCAUCGACACAAGAGCGCCCGCCCACAAUUUCCAGGAAACCCCCCACCCGCUUCCCAACCACACGCGAUGGCUUCGACGUCCGGCGUGGUGCGCCGGCGAGGCGCUGGUGCGGCGACUGGCAGCACCGAGGACGAGGGCAGCCGCGUGGCUUCCCCUGCGCCCCGGAGCGACCGCGACCGCGCGCCCGAGACGUCCUACGAGAACUCGGAGAACGGCCACAAGAUUGCGUUUGACCCGCGGGACAUUAGCGAGAAUGCCGAGCGCAGCAAGCAGCCGAAGCUGACGCUCAUGGAGGAGAUCAUCCUCAUGGGCCUGAAGGACAAGCAGGGCUACCUUUCCUUCUGGAACGACAACAUCUCAUAUGCACUGCGCGGAUGCAUCGUCAUAGAACUGGCCUUCCGGGGCCGCAUAAGCAUGCAGAAGGACUCGUCGCGGCGGCGCUUCCCGCUCGCGGACCGGGUCAUUGAGGUCAUCGACGACACGCUGACGGGGGAAGUGCUGCUGGACGAGGCCUUGAAGAUGAUGAAGUCGAGCGAGAAGAUGAGCGUCAACUCGUGGAUCGACCUCAUGAGCGGCGAGACUUGGAACCUCAUGAAGAUUGGCUACCAGCUCAAGCAAGUCCGCGAACGCCUCUGCAAGGGCCUCGUCGACAAGGGCAUCCUGCGCACCGAGAAGAAGAACUUCCUGCUGUUCGACAUGGCCACACAUCCGGUAGCAGAGGGCGCAGCAAAAGACGAGAUCAGACGCCGGGUACGCAACCUUCUUACCAACCGCACCGUUGUCCUUCCUGGCAGCCAGUUCCUCCCCGAAGAGCUGGAGUUUAGGACCCUCCGCACUGUCACAAUGGUCUGCGCCGCCUACGCCGCGAACGUGCUCGAGAACGCUCUCACCACCCUGGGACACGAGGCGAGGGAACGCGCUUUUGCUCAGGUCGACGAGCUGCUGGCAGAGUACUCGCAAUGGCCGUUCGCCAGGAGAGCGGGCGGUGGCCAGGGCGUAGGUGCCAACCUGGGCCAGCUGAUCAGCGACGAGAUCAGCGCCGGCAAGGACAGGGAGCUGCAGAUGGAGGUGGUGGCCGCGUGUCUGAGUGUCUUCACAAGGCUUGACUCUCUCCUCUGAUCCGCAUCAGUCGUUGCAGUAAUUAACUCGAUCAAGGUGCUCGCUCUCAGCCUUCCGCCCAGAGACUUCCGUGGCUUAUGCGGGAAUCGGGGGCGCCAGAUACAUAGCAGAGACCAUAGGGACCAGACUCGGACCCCGAUCAUGAUGGUGUUUCUAUAUGGGUGCGGUCUCUUCGUUCAUAGCGUUCUGUCCGCGGCAAAACGGUCUGGGGGACACAGGCAUCAGGCUUUGGGCUGUACGGUAGCAGCUUCUUCUUAUGAAAGCGUUUAAUCCAGACUGGACACCGUUAUGAUAAGCCAUUCGAACACAGAAAGGGCCGGAAGCAGCCGCUCUUUAUGAAGGCGUUUAAUCCAGAUUGGACACCAAUGUGCCG